UGCAUGGUAGAUCCACAUCGUUAAAUUGUUAAUGGUGCUAUAAGACUUCAAUAUACCUGCAUUAUAUCAGUGUAAAAAAAUUACGACAAUGAAACUCCUAAUCGUAAUAUUUUGUGCGAUAGUAUUAUUUAAAACGAUCGAAUGCACUUGCGAUCAAGACUUAACGGUGAUAGUUUCCUUUGAAAGUUUGAACCAGCGGAGCAUAUGUUUUUUUAAAAAUCAAUUAGCUCCCGUGUACGAAGAAUUAUCGAAGUGUGUCAAAUGGCAUUUUAUUCCUUGUUCUAAUACUCAAAUCGUCGACGAAGUAAAGAAUUGCUGCCAAGAUGAUCUAACUCAAUGUAAAUUUGAUGCAAUGCACGCAUGCGCCGCUCAUAUCUACGAAGAUCACGAAUAUGAACUUGGAAAGUUUUUCAUAUGCAUGAUGACUGAUGGAGAAUCAUACGACAACGCAGACCAGUGCGCCAAAAAUGCAGGUUUGGAAUGGGCAAAGAUAAAGAAGUGUAAACCAUCUACGGAUGCUGCUGAGUAUUGUUUAAACAGAUGGAAUCAGUUGAACACUUUACAUGUAAUUCGUCUUCCGGGAAUAUUCUUUAAUUGGAGAUAUAACAUAUCAGUAGACGACCAACUUUUCGCGAAUUUCAAGUCCGGUGUUUGCGACCGUUUACAAAAGAUGGGUAAAAAAUGUGAUGCAUGUCCACCUUGUUCCGCUCCCCCUAAUGGACCAAAUAGCUCCUAAAGUAACGAAAAUAUCUCUCAUACGUGAUGAAGUUUUAUUCAAGUUUGAAUAUAUGUAUAUAUUUUCAAUUUUAUUUGUCGGUUUAUAAAAUAAUACAUACCCGGAUGCAUAUUCGA